AUGCACAAAACUCAGACCACAGAUGAUAUCGGUAUUGCCGCCAACAACAGCAACGAAGUCACCGACUGCAGUCAAAACCGUUCCAAGUCGCCUUUCAUCCAAUUCUUCGUCUCAUUUUGGGCUCGUGUCAAAUUUCUUUUCACCACUACUUUAGCUGAGGCCUGUGAUUGUUCAUCGCAUUCGAAAGGCAAGUCUUCCUACGGUGAUUCUUGUUCCGUGAAAGGCGAAGAUGACAUUGAGGUUUGCGUUGAUCUGCUUGAUUCUGCAUAUGUCUUCAACCCCACAGUUGCGACAGUUUUCGAUCAGGAGCCCUUGGAAUUACUCAAAACCGCUCAGCCUACGAAAGAUGUCGGAGUUCAAAGGUGCGAAGAAGUUGUGGACAAACCUGUGGUUGAAGCCGCAGUUUGCACUCUGCUCAGGGAGUCAUCUCACCGUCUGGAAAACUUCUACACCACUCUGGAUGACACCGACGCCACUGAGCCAAUUGCGGAAAUGCAUCUGGAGCCUGUUGAACAAUCGAACGUAAGUCGUUUCUCAAAUGCCGUUGCUUUCGCCCAGCCCAUUAUGUUGGCAAGUCUAAAACCACAGGCACACUUCCCGGAGCUGCUCCUAGUUGUUGAAAAGUCGAAUUUCUUUGAUUUCCCAACUGUCUUUGAAGAAGAUGAGGGGGAAUUUGGCUUAGAAAAUGAUUUUCCUGGCGAGAGUUUGUGCUCAUCUCUAGAGAUUCCAAACAAUUCAGGGAACAUCCAUCCAGUGACUGUCCUUGGUAGGCUCCACUCGAAACUGCGGAACGGUGACAUCACAACAGCUGAGUACAACACACGGGCAGAUUCCCUAAUAGCCUCAACCAUACCCAGGAACCUCUCAGAUUCAGAAGUGACUCGAAAGCCGCAUGGAGCUAAUCAACUUUAUGCGUGGCAACUUCCGCCCCCUCUUCCUGAAAGUACUGGAGACGAGGUGACGCCACCUCGUGAUAAACAGGUGACGGAUGUUUCGGAUACAAGUACCUUUAUUGACUCAGUGAUUUCAGAUGCUGUCAUGGAAGUUUCUGAUUCAUUUGACAAGGAAAAGAAGCACAUACCUCCAUUCUUAAAUCUCAUCGACCGAUCGUCAAGGGCCGAGGAAGACUCCUUCUACCUAAACCUUCCAUGUCCAGCGGACGUUUCCUAUGAUGGUUUGCAGACAGCUAGUCUAGGUAGAAUACGAAGUACUUGCACGUCUCACAGCAGCUGUAAGAUACGGUCGUCACGGAGUAGUUCUCUCAAGUCGGAACGGUCUCCAGAUGAAACGCCCUGUCGGAAGAUUGUUAGGUUUGCGGAUUCCUUGGGACUUGAUCUAGCUACGGUGAGACAGGUCAAGGACGCAGACAAUCCGCCUCUCAUUCCGGCUUCAGCAACCCUUGACUUGAACCUGGACACAGAGAAGUCCUUCAGUACGCUCGGUGCCAAACAGUUCCAGAUUUGCUUUCCCCAACCCGGCGCAUCAGCUAACUUCAUGCACAGAGUGCUGAAUUCAUUUGUCUGUCUUGAGAACGCCAGGGUGGAUUCCUCCAGGGGUUUGCUAACUGGAACGAUCAGAGUUAAAAGUGUGGGCUUCGAGAAGAAGGUUGCGCUUCGGAUAACUUACAACAACUGGGCCACCUACUUUGAGGUCCCAGCGUCGUACGUCCAGGACUCACACGACGGCUCGACCGAUCGCUUCUCGUUCUCUGCAGUCUUCCCAUCCACCAUGGUGGCAAACGAGCGUGCUCAGUUCGCCGUGCGUUAUGAGACGCACUCUGGAGAUAUUUACUGGGACAACAACCAUGGCGAGAACUACCAAAUCCACUGUUAUGCAAAGGCCACCGAUAUAGCUGGAGAUGGUUCGUGGAUUCAUUACCUGUAG